CCACACCCCACCAAAAUGUCUCUCUCUUUCAACAAACUUGAAAAUCCACUAAAACAGUUAAAGAGUUGACUAGUUGAGUUAUUACAAAUCAAGAAUUGAUGCCUAUAUUUCCAAAAAUUUCUACCACCAAACUAUAUAUCCUUUGAGUAAUCUUCAAGUUUUCUUUGUAAAACCACUCUUUUUUUCUACUUUUAGUCUUCUUUACUCAUUGAAAAAACACAACUCCAUAAAAAGAGAGAAAAAAAAAAGUGUUAUGGGAAAUCAUCAAUUCAUUUAUCCAAUUUUUAUCUCUUUUAUCACUACCCUUGGCCUUGUUUCCAUCUCUCUAUGCAUAGCUGCUGAAUUCAAGAAAACAAAGAAGGAAGAUCUGAGGUUUGAUGGGAAAUUGUGUUACUUGCCAAAAAGUGUAGCUUUUGAAUUGGGAAUUGGAGCUUUAAUUUGUUUAAUUAUAGGUCAAGUGAUUGGGAAUUUGUUGAUAUGUAGAAAUGUCUUCUCAAAGGAUCAUCAAAACAAUUUAAAGACUAACAAGAAGCCUACCAUUAUUGGCCUCAUUUGUGUUAUCUCAUGGAUGAGCUUUGUGAUGGCAACAAUUUUGAUAGGAACUAGCAUAAGCAUGAGCAAAACCCAACCACUUGGUGAAGGGUGGCUGGAUGGUGAAUGUUACAUAGUCAAUAAUGGUGUCUAUAUUAUUUCAGCAAUUUUGGUAUUUAUAACUUUGAGCACAACACUUGGUCCCCUCAUCUUCAAAAUAAGAAAGAAGGACCAAGCACAAACAAGUUGAAUAGAUAAAAGAAAAAAUAUAUAUACACAAAUAGAUGAGAAAUUAAAAUGCAUAUAAAGACUUUCUUAGCAAA